AUGGAUGCCGCCACGCCCUCCCGCCAGCCUCCGGUGCUGCCUCGAGAGGGCUUUCGGGGUGGUACCUUCGCGUGGCGGAUCCAGGAGGCAUCGCUGGCGGCUUUGCAGGUCAAGGUGGUACCAGAAGCGGAGUGCAGCAUUUGCUGCGAGCUGCUGUCCGUGAAGGAGGUCUUGGCGCUGCCAUGCCAGGCCCGCGGCUGCGGAUCCCACUUCCACAUGGAGUGCAUCCGCCCCUGGCUGGAGCGGAACCCCAGCUGCCCCUUGUGCCGAGACACGCUGCCGCAGCUGGUGCGCCCGGUCACUCCUCGCAACACAGGGCAUCCGCUGCUGGAUCUCUGGUUCUUGGCGAUGGCCAUGCAACGCCAGGAGCGCGAGACCUUUAUGGCCCGUCGACAGCCCGGCUUCGCCGGGCUGCAGGGAGUGGUCUUCACCGCCAGCGCGCUAGUGGAGCUCCUCAGCAUGCGCCUCUUCGACGAGGAGGGCCGAGGGGAGGAGGAUGGCCCAAACCUUGAUUUGAGCUUGGCGAUGUUCGCCUCCGGUUUUGGCGCUCGCGGCACACCUGCGCCUUUGGCCAGUGAGGCGCUUCCUCCCAGCAGCGGCACCCCCCCAGUGCUGCGCCCCAGCUUCCAGGAGCAGAUCCUGAGAUCCGCUGCUGCCUUUGACCCUGCCUUGCACGAUAGGCCUCAGCCCGGCCUCAGGUUGGUGGAUCAGGUGUACCACUGCAAGCUCUGGUGGCUGCCAGCCGCAGCAAACCAAGAGAAGACAUGA